AUGAAGCCUAUGGGCAAGUCUCUGAGCGUGAUCUGCAGCGCCCUUCAGUGGCUCAAGGACGCCGAGGCCAAGGACGUGGACGGGAAGUCGGACGGCGGAGGCUCCCCCGCCGGAGGAGGCGGGGGGUACGGGACAGAAAGCGCUUCCCGUGGGCGCGGGGAGAAGGACGAUGACGACGACGGGGCGAGCGCGAUGCCGAGCUGGCUCAGGGACAUGACUCGGCAAAAGUCCGACAACGAGAAGGGAGCGAGAGCGAAGCGCGUGCGAGAGCGGCGGCGGGACCUAGACGAGCGCCUUGCUGCCGUCCGGAAAGAAGACGAGCAUCGCAAGAACAACAACAAGGUGCGCGGCGUGCAUCGCCCAAGCGGUGGCCGUGGCGGGGGCGGGGGCGGCGGCGGCGGGAGGCAUUGGUCCUCGUCAUCCUUCGCUCUUGGCGGCAGCGACAGGGGAGGGGCUGGCAGGAAACGUCCCCGCCCGAAAAUCUCCGCCUCCUCGUCGAAACACCCGCCCAAGACAGAGAACCAGACUCGUGGGGAUGGGGUUGGUUGUGCUGCGGAUGACGGCGACGGGAAACGUUCGGCGGAGGAGGGAGUGGACGACGAAUAUUUGGUCGCUGAGUACGAUAGCGGGAAGGAGGGCGGUGAUGGCGGUAAGGGUGGGGGAAGGGGAUUCCGUGAAUCUUCGGAUGAAGAGGAGGAGGCCGGAGAAGGGCGGGGGGCGGAGGAGGAGGAGGAGUGGGAGGACCUGGGGCUUCGGCAGAUUCUGUACGUCUCCAGGACACACUCUCAAACCAGCCAGUUCGUCAACGAGGUGAAAAAGACCGCGUUCGCGAAGGGGGUGCGUUGCGCCUCCCUGGGCAGCCGGCGCACCCUCUGCGGCAACGAGCGAGUGUCCUCCCUUAAGACCGAUGGGAAAAUGCGAGACGCCUGCCUGGAGCUGCAGAAGAACAAGAAGAGCAGUAGCAAGAAGACGAACAAGGGGGAUGAGGGGAAAGGAGGUAAGCACGGAGCGAAGAAAAGUAAGAAGAAGCAGAAGGCGAAGACUGAGCCCUUGACGGAGGCAAAAAGGAAGCAGAAGCACGGCGCCGGUGGACUAGGCACACGGAAGAGCGAGGGCGAGGAGGGAGAGGAGGAGGAGGAGGACGACGACGAUGAAGACGAGGGGACGACUGACGGGUGUCCCCUGCUGGCCGCGGACGGACAGAGGGAGUUCCCCUACCGCGCGCUGGCGUCCGUGCGCGACAUCGAGGAGCUGGCGGCACUGGGCAAGGAGGAGGGCACGUGCGCUUACUACGGCGCUCGCAAGGCUGCCUCGCUGGCCCAGCUGGUGGUGAUGCCCUACGCCGCGCUGCUCUCCCGAGAGGCUCGCGCCGCCAUGGGCGUGAGGCUGGAGGGGGCUGUGGUGGUGGUGGAUGAGGCCCACAACAUCGUAGAAGCGAUCAACUCGGUGCACAGCAAGAAGGUCGUGCUAUCGGAGGCGCGCAGCGAGAUGAAGGAUGUGCUGCAGGAGGUGACGCUGCACAGGGGGUCCGAAAGGGUGGCGCGCGCGCACUCCCAACUGUCGCAGUACGAGGUCAAGUACGGUACCCGGCUCAAGGGCUCGAACGCGUUUUACGUCGGCAACAUCCUCAGGCUCCUGCGGGCCGUCCUCAAGUUCCUCACCAAGGGCAAGGAGAAGCUCCAGGCUGCUCGCGCCGAAAACGCCAAGACCACAGCGGCGGCAGCAGCCUCCAAAGGAAAUACCGGGGUGCAAGGCCCGAGGGGGGGCGGCGCUGGUGCUGGUGCUGCCGGCGGCGAGGCCGAGGAGGCGGGGGUCCGAUCGGAGAUGUUGGAGGUCAACGACUUCUUGUUCCGGGCGGGCCUGGACAACGUGAACCUCUUCAAGCUGCAGCGAUAUAUGCGGCGGAGCGAGAUCUCAAGGAAGGUGUGCGUGGGGUCGUCGAGAUACGGUCCAGAAGAAAAGGAGACAGGCGGCCGUCCCUUUCGCGUGUGA